AUGACUUCAACCAGUAAAUCAACCAGAAACUCCAAAUCCGCGACCAAUAGUAAAGGUCCAGCAGAUAACAAUGUCCAAUCUAGUAGUACCAGUCACGACAUAGGAGAAAGCGGAAUAGUUGAAAGCAUGCUCACCAGCGGCCCCAACAAUCCAGCAACAACCCAACAACCCAAUCCUGGUAGUGCAUCUGAUUUAAAUCCAACAAGCGGGACUACACAAUCAUCCCAAAGCGUUAACACGCAAAGUCAAAGCGCUGGGAAAUCAAACUCAGAUAGUCUGCCAAACCAACCUGACGAGAAUAACGCAUCAGCAACAACUCCCAAUGUGGGUGGUAACGCAGCCACAGAGAAGAUUGUACAUGAUCUAACGACACAAUCCACAGGACCCGCGAUGACGUCCAAGAGCCCCCGGAAGGCACCUAAUGAGGCAUCCACUCAACCAAAUAGUCUGUCGAAAGGAAGCGCUGCUGAGAAACGGGGAAACAGAGACUUAUCAAAUGACCAAGGCUACUUGUCCUUAUUGUCGAACAAACCCGCAGAAGCAGUCUUUGAAUAUACAAUAGCUGUAGAGAACUUGACAGAAAUCGAUCUAAGUGACACAAGUGAAGUCUGGAAAAGAGCCAUCGACCUUGCAUCAGCUGGGAAAGUCGAAGAAGCAACAAUGUAUUUUAAACUACAUGCUCAACUGCAAACCAGAACAGAGAAGACGACAAACCAGUCCCCUCCAAACCCAACGACGACACACUCUAGUUACGCAGAUGCGGUCUCCAACCGAUCACAAGCGUCUACGACGAUAGUGGUAGAAGGUGGUCUGUCUUUCAUCCCAGGUGCUAUCACGUCACACACAGAUAUUGGAUUCACCCCGUACUUCGACCAAAACUUGAGAGAACUAAGGGGUCCAAUCCCACUAACAAUCUUCAACAAGCAUUGGCAAGAAUUGGCGAAUAGCUAUCAUGUAGAGAAGAGAGUGAAGACCGACAACCUCAACAAAGACCUGACAACUUACACCGGUUACCCCUAUCCCCACGAGAUGACUCAAUCCUACGCUGCGUGGAACAUCAACUAUCGGAACUUUGUGGCAGUAUUAAGAGACGUGUACAAGUUCAAGACUUUCGCCAACUGGGCAGAAGCACACCAAGCCAAUAUCAGACUCGAUGCCUUCGCUUUCAGGGUAACAGAAAACGGAACGACUGUACCUCCCGACAUUUCUCAGCGAAGAGAAGACAUUGCGGCUAUAUGCUUUGCAGAAACCAGACGAUCCUAUGGUAACAACCACAACAACCAUGGUAGCACCAGUACCACUUCAGAAAACCAGCAAUCUUCGCACUCAUCCAACCACCACAACACACACCCUUACGGCGGUUACGGUGGUGGUAAUAGAAGGAACAACAACAAUAAACAAGAGGGUAAUGGAGGAGGUGGUAGGACUAGAGGCGGAUACAAUGGCAAGAACUUUGACCCAAAUUACGCGGCAAAGAAGGCAGCCAACACUAGACCAAACAAUCAGGGGAACACCACGUGA